AUGUCAGAAGUCGACGAUAGAUUAUCGAAAAGCAACGCGCUUGCGCAAAAUCGACAACAAAUACAGGGUGAUCAAAGUGAAGUCACAAAUAGUCAUAAUUCUCCAUUAAUAAAACUUAAACCGUUAGAAAUUCCUACAUUUACGGGAAAAUUCGACGAUUGGGUUACGUUUCAAGACAUAUUCUGCGCAUUGGUACAUACAAAUAAAUCAAUAACAGAUAUUCAGAAAUUUUGUUAUUUAAGAAAUGCACUAGAAGGCGAAGCUAGUUCAUUAAUUAAAAAUUUAGAAACGUCGUCAUCGAAUUAUGAAAUUGCAUGGAAAAUAGUCACAACGAGAUACAAUAAUACUCGUAUGUUGAUUCAAACACACACGAAGCGCAUUUUCGACCUAGAGCCUAUUAAUAAAGAAUCGGGCAUUAAGUUAAAACAAUUAACUGAUUCGCUAAAUGCACAUAUACAAGCAUUAAAAGCUUUAAAGCAUGACCCACACAACUGGGGUGCAUUACUGCUACACGUUAUAUACACGAAACUUGACACAAAUUCAAUACGUCAAUGGGAAGCCGAAGUGUCAAAAGAUGAGUUACCGAGUGUACAAUUAAUGAUGGGAUUCCUGGGUAAAAGGAGUCAAAUGUUAGAGUCUGUAGAAAAUGCAAAAUUAUUAACAUUUAAGCAAAAUGAACCAAAUUGGUCGUCAAAUAAAAUCGCAAAAUUUGGAGCUUCGAGAAAAGGUGCAUCGUCAUUUUUGUCAACGUAUAAAAUGAAAUGUUAUAUGUGUCAGCAACCGCACCCAAUAUAUAAAUGUACUGCAUUUCUGGCACUUGAUAUAGCGUCUAGAGUAAGCAAAGUCAAUGAAUUGAAAAUGUGCAGUAAUUGCUUAAAGAAAACUGACCAUCAAGUAAAACAAUGUCCCGCGAGAAAAUGUGUAAAAUGUCRAAAACCACAUAAUUUACUAUUACACCAUGAUAAAGAACCAAGUUCCGACGAAGGAAGUGCACAAGGUAACGUGUCAAACGAUGGGCUAGUAGUUGCGCAUACCGCGGAUGCCGGCGAAAUUGACAAUCAAGUGCUGUUGGCGACGGCAAUAAUAAAGGUAUCAAGUCCCGCYGGUAAUCAUAUACACGGCCGGGCAUUACUUGAUAAUGGGUCUCAAAGUAAUUUUAUUACGAAUAAUUUGGUACWUAAACUCGGUCURAAGCGUCAUAAAGUAAAUAUACCGAUAUGCGGAAUAAGUGAGUCAAAAAAUAAUAUAAGGUAUAAGGUAACAGCUGUCGUGCAAUCAUUAAAUAGUUCGUAUGUAACGACAAUCGAGUUUUUAGUGUUAUCAAAAAUAACAGGUUCCUUACCACACACACCAACACGUACCGUGAGCAUUCCCGAUAACGUUAAUAUUGCAGAUCCGUUAUUCAAUUGUCCGGGCAACAUCGACGUUCUUAUCGGAGGUGAUACCUAUUGGGAUAUAAUGUGCGAUGAGAAAUUAAAAACCAAAGACGGUCCGUAUUUGCAAAAAACGUUAUUAGGAUGGGUAGUCGUAGGUAAGACAUCAACAAAACUAAGUACAAACAAAUUAAGUUCGUGUUUAUUAACCACUCAAAAUGAAUACCAAGCAUUGGAUAACAAAAUAGAGUUAUUUUGGAAAAUGGAGGAAAUAUCGUCGAAGGAUAAUUUUACGGACGAAGAAAAGCUGUGUAUAACACAUUUUAACAAGAAYCUCGCUCAAAAUGAGGACGGCAGAUUUGUAGUCAAACUACCGUUCAAAGAAGAUUGUCAUCAGCUGGGUAACUCAUACACCUCAGCUCGACAAAGAUUUCUGUCAUUAGAAAAACGGUUAAUAAAGAAUCCCGAACUAUACAUGAAAUAUAAAAUGYUUAUGAGUGAGUAUGAAAACCUUAAUCACAUGGAACGCAUUUAUGAUACGAGCGGCGAUAAGCAGGUAAUCGAUUCCGCGAAAUGUUUCUAUCUACCACACUCAUAUGUAAUUAACAAUCGGAGUAGAACGACAGAGUUACGCGUUGUGUUUGACGGGUCGGCAAAGACCAGUAGCGGUGUGUCAUUAAAUGACACACUAAUGAGCGGACCAAAAAUACAACCCGACUUAUUAGAUAUCGUGGUACGGUUCAGAACACAUAAGUAUGCAUUUUCAGCGGACAUCACGAAAAUGUAUCGUCAGGUGUUAGUUCACGAAGACCAUCGCGACUAUCAGCGUGUGUUAUGGAGAUCAGAUCCAAACGAUGAAUUAAAAAUAUAUAGAUUAUGUACUGUUACCUACGGGUUAGCGCCAGCAGGCUUUUUAGCAAUAAGUUGCGUAAAUCGUAUCGGCGAUAAGACCACUAACACGAAGAUAAAAGAAAUAAUUAAAAAUGAUUUUUGCGUUGACGAUUGCCUUACAGGGGCAGAUUCGUUGAUGGAAGCAAUUGAAUUGCGCGACGAAUUAAUUUCAAUUAUGCGAGGUGGGGGAUUUGAACUAUCCAAAUGGACAACGAAUCAUACAGAUUUGUUCCCGAAUCGUAAUAAAGAUGAAAUGACGACCAUACCAAUGGAUAGAGAAAGCGUAAAAACUUUAGGUUUAUAUUGGGAGCCGAAAAGUGAUUAUUUUACGUAUGUCGUGCAAGUACCGAAAGUAAACAAUGAAGUAACGAAAAGACAUAUUCUUGCCGGCCUAGCAACGUUAUUUGACCCAUUAGGCUUAGUAGGCCCGAUAAUAUUGAUGGGAAAAUUAUUAUUACAGAAUGUAUGGCGCGAAAAAAUCGGUUGGGAUAGCCCAGUUYCGCCUUACAUACAAUUGGAGUGGGAAACAUACAAUAAUUGUCUAAAUGAGCUCAAUUCGUUUAGYAYACCCSGCUGGCUUGGAUCCGAUAAUGGUAAACACAUCGAAAUACACGGAUUCGCAGACGCAUCCAUGAAGGCGUACGGCGCCUKUGUAUAUAUGCGUACGUCAGAUAAGGACGGUAAUAUCGCAUGUCAGUUAGUGUGUGCGAAGUCUCGUAUUGCACCAGUGAAGGUUAUUUCGAUUCCCAGAUUAGAAUUAUGUGCAGCACUGCUCUUAUCGCGCCUAAUAGACGUAAUUAUACCCGCACUUCGAUUGAAUAUAAUAACCUUAAAAUUGGUGAUGAGGGGUACCCAACGUACAAAACAAUUGUUUUAA